CGCUUUUCAGGACCGCUUUUUUCCGGCAUUGCUGGGGAGUUGGUGCCAGACGAUUGCCGGCUCACUGCUGUUGCUAUUUUUAACAGCUUGCAGAAGCGACGAGAACGAGAGGCGAACGGAGGCACACAGCUCUGUGUGCAGCACCUGAGGCCUCACUUCGCCUCGAUGUCUCGCGGCAGGGCCCACACCACUAUCACGGCCGAGGGCGCCACGCACACUAGGUUCGCCUCCUCGGACGACGAGAGCCUCGACGACGUGAACUCGCCCGCGACGGUCGAAGAAGACGAGGCACAACCGUGCUUCCUCGAAGCAUUGCCGGACGCGAUCCUGCAACACACCCUGGCGUUCACGACGAGCGCGAGCGUCGUGCGAGCGGCGGCGUCCGCCAAGCGCCUGCUGCGGGCCUGCCAGGCGCCGUCGCUCUGGAGCGCGCUGGGAAGGGCCGCGUUCCAGCGGCACGACUGCGCGCGGCCCUUUCCCGCGAACUGGGAUGUUGCCGGCCGCAGCCUCGCGCCGUGGCUCCGGGCGUCCUUUCCGAAGUCCUGGCCGCGGUCGAUGCGCCCGCCGCCGCCGCCGCGCGCCCUAUCAACAGGGCGCCGCGACGACAGACCUCAAACGCGGGACCUGUCACCGCUCGGCCAGACGGCCUGCGAGUACCUCACUGCUUUAGACGGCACGGGUUACGACGUCUGCGUGCGGAGCGACGCGCCCUUCGACGUGCGCGCCCCGCGCGGCGCAGGCCUCGUCGUGCCGCACAACAACGGCUGGGCCUGCGUGGGCGGCGCCUACUUCGAGGUCUCGAUCGCGAGCGGCAGGACCCGGGUCCCCGGCGUAACGCCCUGCGUGGCCGUCGGGGUCUGCCAGCGCGCUUUUAAGUUGCGCGGCAAGCAGCCCGGCUGGACGCGGUCGUCGUGGGCCUACCACGGCGACGAUGGCAAUGCCUACCACGGCAGCGGGGUCUCGGGCGUGCGCUACGGGCCUAGGUUUGGCGCCGGGGAUGUGGUCGGCUGCGGGCUGUGUAGAGCGAACGACGAGAACUUACUUGCGGUCUACUUCGUGCUGACGAGGCGCGACAAGGCGCCGCAGCCUUUGGGCGUCGCCUAUCUCAUCGACGGCGCGGGGCCGCUCUACGCCGUCGUCGGCAUGGACUCGCCCGCGCUGAGCGUCACGGUCAACUUUGGGGCCGAGGCGCCCUUAAAGCUGCCCGACGAACAGAGGAGGCAUCUGGAGACCGUCCUCUGCCGUGGCUCAGCCUGGGGCCGCGGCUACCCGCCUGGCAUGACCCCCGAGGGCGAUUCUAGUGAUGACUCGGAUGGCGACUUCGACGAGGGCGACACGUCGGACGAGGAAUCGCUUGUGGGGCUUUUUGUCGACCAAGGAGUAAAUUGAA